AACAGCACAAUGCAAACUGCGGAAGUGAAGUCACCUUCUGCUCCGAAUAACAAAGUUCCUUCCUGUUACGAGAUAGAAAGUUUAUGUUUUACAUAAGACCGUGUGGCGAAGGUUAACCAGAAUCUGGCUGAUUGGGAUUUGAAGCUUGAAAGGAUUUGCCUUGCCAGAUAAUGACAACGCUCCCAGGGGGUGGGCCAAGGAUCUCUGGCCUCCAUUCGCAACCAGUGGCACCUGUCCAUGCCUCUGCGGCAAUCCCCCCACAGCAGCCACAGGGUGCGCUUCGUGAGAUCAUGUGUGUCACCCUCUGCAAGGUCGGCCAGGAAACCGUCCAGGACAUUGUGGCGCGUACCAUGGACAUCUUCCACAUGCUACGGGCAACACAGCUUCCAAAUGGCGUGACUCAGAAUCACGUGGUGUACCAGGAGCGCUACAACAAACUGCAGGAGCACCUACGCCAGCUCACCCUGCUCUUCAAGAAACUGCGGCUGCUGUACGACAAGUGCGGAGAAAUGUGUGGCGUGUCGGACGUCUCCAUAACGGAGUUAAUACCUUUUGUGGGCGAGGAGACUUUCAGACCUUCGGACAUUCCAGCUGUUGGGGGUUUAACAAAUACAGAGUACCAAGAAAUCCUUCAGAAACUACAUCAGAAGAACCAAGAACUGAAGCACAUUAUGGAUCAGCUACGGAAUCUCAUAUGGGACAUCAAUUCGAUGCUGGCAAUGAGGAAUUAAACUUACUGAAAUUCCAUUGUUGGUUUUUCAAAGUGACCUCUCCAUUUAGAGCCUGUUAAGCAAUUCCCUUUAUUGUUUAGUUUUUGCACUGUAUACAUAACCCUUUUCUUAACAAACAGAAAGACAAAUAUUUUUAUACUAAGGAAACUGCAGUUCUGAAAAUUUGUUAAUGUAUUAUGAAAUAAUAUGUUAUUUUUGUGCAUGUAAUGUAGCAAGGAUACAGAUUUUCAAUGUGAUAGUUCUUAGCAGAAGAGAGAAGAUCUGUGGCCAAGGUUGUCAAUUUUCCAGAACGGUGCUAGAGUGUUUUGGAGUAUGAACCCCGAAACAUUACUGCUUGCUGGCCAGCGGUGUAGUGGCACCAGCACUAGACUUCGAGGCAAAUAAUCCCAGGUUCGAAUCCAACCAGCGCCUUGCAUGCUUUCCAUCUGUGCUGGGUUGGGCGUCGAGCCAGCAACUCGGCCUCAUUUAAAAAAACAAAUGCUAAAGACAUGGCAAAGUUACAACCUGAUGUUCCACAAGGCGUGGAGAAGAACAACAAAACACUGCCGCAAGCGAAAGCGAGACAGUUGGUGUUGAAGAAUUAAUGUACAUUAAGAAUGUUAAACUAAUUCAAGACAUAUUAUUGGUUAUUGAAAAGAAUUGUACAUGAGACAAAAUGGCUAGGUAACGUUUCAAGGACCAAUGCAAACAAUUGGUACCUUGGUGAAUGAGUCAUGGUGUGUUGUGGGAACGUAUGUGUGGGUCCUGGAAUUAUUCAGACAUGCUAUAACUGAUCUACAUCUAACUGUCUUGAUUCUGUAAAUUUUAAUAUCGUCAACAAAAGUAAAAUGUUUUUCAAUACUAAUACAGCUUUCGUUGUCUUCUAACCUGAAAGCAGGACAGUUCUGAAUUUUCUGUGCCCUUUGUGGGCAGAGGUAACUUCAGGCACCACUGAAGCACAGAGCUUGAAUCUAGGGUUCCAGACUCUCCCUCGUACUACUGCCCACCCUCUUUCCAGUAUCCCCUAUUAAUUAGAUUCAUGGCACCUACCCUAUCAAAUCCAUCUCAGUAUGGUAAUCAGAUUCCUAUUUAACAUUCUGUAUGCAAAUGAUUCAGUAUGCAAGCUGCCUUUUGUAAUUCAAUCACUUUGGCCCAGUUCCAUUUUGGGGAACUUCAUCAUCCCCACCUCCCUGAAGUCCAGUAAAUGCAGCAACUUCUAGCCAGCAUCUUGUAGAAAUGUAACUUCUGUAAGGGUGCAAUCUCUGACUAGGGAUUGGUUCCUUACAGCCCUCCUGCACCCCCCCCCCCCCAACCUUGUUCGAUCCUGAUUUGCAAUUUGAGAAUGUUACGGUCAACCUGAUUGUGACCUCAUCUCCAUUGUCCAAAGUUUAAAGUAAAUUUAUUAUCAAAGUACAUACAUGACUUUGACAUUCAUUUUCAUGUGGGCAUAUUCCAUAGAAUAAUAACCAUAACAGAACCAAUGAAAGACUGUACCAACUUGGGCGUUCAACCAGAUUGCAGAAGAUGAUAAACUGCAAAUAUGAAAAGAAAGUAAUAAUAAAUAAAUAAGCAAUAAAUAUUGAGAAGAUGAGGUGAAGAAUCCUUGAAAGUGAGUCCAUAGGUUGUGAGAAUAUUUAAAGGAUGGGGCAAGUGAAAUGAGCAAAGUUAUCCCCUUUAGUUCAAGAGCCUGAUGGUUGAUGGUUAACUGUCCCUGAACCUGGUGGUGUGAGUCCUGAGGCUCUUGUGCCUUCUUCCUGAUGGCAGCAGUGAGAAGAGAGCAUUUUCUGGGUUGUGUAUGGGGUGGUGGGGGGGGUCCCUGAUGAUGGAUGCUACCUUCCUGUAACAGUGUUUCCUGCAGAUGUGCUCAAUGUUUGGGAUGUCUUUACCCAUGAUGGACUUGUGGUCAUGUCCACUCAUAAGCUAAAUGAUGAAACAUGAUUGCCAAGUGUCCAUCCAUCUUUCCCUUAGUAGACAGUGGACAGUUUGAUUAUUCUUAAGGAAGUUCCAAGGGUGAGCGGCUUUGAUAAAGGUUUGCACACCCUUACUCAGUUUUAAAUAACUAGCCUCCUGUUUGUGAUUCUCCCAUCAAUGAAAACAUCUCGAUGUCUGCUUUGGAUCUUGUAUAUUUGAAUAAGGUUCUUUCCAUCAUUCUUCUACACUCAAAGGAACAGAGUGCUAAAUUGUAUAGCUUUUUAUAGGACAACCCUUUCAGCUCAAUGAUUCUCCUUUGAACUGUUUCCAAUGCUGUUAUAUCCCUUUUUAAAUUAAGUGACCAAACCUUCACACAGUGUUACUGGCAUAGCCACACCAACACCUUGUGCAAUUGUAAAAAAACCACCCUAUUUGUAAACUCCAACCCUUUUGCAAUAAAGGCCACAGUGCCACGCGCUACCUUAAAUAGUUGUUGGACCUACCUUCUAACUCUUUUUCACUCCUGCAAUGCAAAAUCUUCACCUCUCCAUGCUUUGCAGCCUCUCUCCAUUUGGAUAUUAAUUCCCUUUUGAGGGCUCUGACCAAAGUGCAGUGUUUCACACCUACUUUCGUGAAACACUGAGCAAAAUUUGAUAGAAUAAUCAGAAUCAGAAACAGGUCUAACAUCACCGGCAUAAGUCAUGCAAUUUGUAGUCGUGCAGCAGCAGAAGUAUGUUGCAAUA